UCAGCUACAGAACCUUGGCCUGAAAAUGCUACAUUAUAUCAGCAACUGAAAGGGGAACAAAUUUUGCUUUCUGACAAUGCAGCUUCUCUUGCUGUGCAGUGAAUCUUCUCUUUCAACAUUCUACAACAAGAAUUACAUUAUACCAUUAUACCAGAGUACUUCUGCAGUGUGAAAUAGAUUGGUUUGGAAAAUGAACCUGGCUUUGCUAUAAAUUACAUUCACAGGCCUUUUUGCAAAUGUGUAACCUGCCCAUCAAAGUAGUUUGUAGGGCAAAUGCAGAAUAUAUGUCUCCAUCUGGUAAAGUACCUUUUAUUCAUGUGGGAAAUCAAGUAGUAUCAGAACUUGGUCCAAUAGUCCAAUUUGUUAAAGCCAAGGGCCAUUCUCUUAGUGAUGGGCUGGAUGAAGUCCAAAAAGCAGAAAUGAAAGCUUACAUGGAAUUAGUCAACAAUAUGCUGUUGACUGCAGAGUUGUAUCUUCAGUGGUGUGAUGAAGCUACAGUAGGGGAGAUCACUCAUGCUAGGUAUGGAUCUCCUUAUCCUUGGCCUCUGAAUCACAUUUUGGCCUAUCAGAAACAGUGGGAAGUCAAACGUAAAAUGAAAGCUAUCGGAUGGGGUAACAAGACACUGGACCAGGUCUUAGAAGAUGUAGACCAGUGCUGUCAAGCUCUUUCUCAGAGACUGGGAACACAACCGUAUUUCUUCAAUAAGCAGCCUACUGAACUUGAUGCACUGGUGUUUGGCCAUUUGUAUACCAUUCUUACCACACAGUUGACCAAUGAUGAACUCUGUAAGACGGUGAAAACCUAUACCAACCUUCUUUCUUUCUGUAGAAGAAUCGAACAGCACUAUUUUGAAGAUCGUGGUAAAGGCAGUUUGUCUUAGAAUUAUGUGUUAGUUUAGUUAUCAUUAAAAAUAAUUCUGGAUUUGGAAUAUAUAUUACUUGAAAUUUUAUAAUAAAUAUCGAUACCAGAAUUUUAAAACCAUAAACACUGCAUUUUGAAACCCUGAAACCAAUGAUAUGUUAUACUCUGUACAUGUAUGUUGUGCUGUUAUUUGUGUACAAUAAAAUAUAAUAGUCCCCAUUUA